AUGGCUCUCAAGGAAGGUCAACGUGUCUGUUCGAACGGAUAUUGCCGAAUAUCAGAGGACAAAGCGGAUCUUGACAUUGCGGACGCUGUUUUGUUUCAUAACGCCGACUACUCGGCGAUAUCCGUUCCAACGCCAAGGAAACCUACAAGGCCUCAUGUUCUGUGGAGUCUCGAAAGUCCUUCGAAUGACUACUUCCGACCUGGACCACGUGAGCGUUUUAGUGAAUGCUGCUUCAAGAAAGACCAGAAAGAAUCCUGA